AUGGGCUUAUCUGGGGGCGAGGAUUUUAAGUGGAGUCUUCCCCAGCUGCGGGAGAUCCACUUCCGGCACUACAACCUGCGCAGAUCUGUCCUAGUGGACCAGACCAACUACUUCCUGAACUUUGAGAAAAAGGUGCGGAACAAGGUGUACAGCAGAAUUCUGAGCCUGCGUCCCCCAAACCUGAUUUACUAUGGAUCCCGGUCACCGGCUGAGUUGUUAAAGGCCUCUGGUCUGACUCAGCGAGAGAUCAGCAACUUUGAGUACCUGAUGCAGCUGAACACGAUUGCAGGCCGCACGUACAACGACCUGAGUCAAUACCCAGUGUCUGCUACACUUGACCUUGACAACCCUGGGGUGUUCCGAGACCUGUCCAAGCCUGUAGGUGUCUUGAACCCACGCAAUGAGGAAGACAUCAGGGAGAAGGUUAAUACCAAUAUUUAUUUCAAGUGCGUCUUUAGUCUUCAGUCUCUUCAAUAUAAAUAUAUAACAAAUUGUUUUCUAAUACUGGAAUGCGAGCAUGUUUCUCGGAACCUUCACAACUGGAUCGACCUGAUUUUCGGAUUCAAACAGAAAGGUCCCGCAGCUGUGGAGGCUCUGAACGUCUUCUACUACUGCACUUACGAAGGUGCUGUAGACCUGGACGCUGUCAAGAACGACGUAGAGAGGAAAGCCCUCGAAGGGAUGAUCAACAAUUUUGGUCAGACGCCCUGUCAGCUACUGCGGGACCCUCACCCUCGACGUCUCACAUUCGAUGACCUCGUUGCCAAGGCAAUGAAAACUGACCGCCAUCUUAGUCUCUUCUAUUUCCUGGAAAACCUGAAAGUGUACUUUGUUGAGGUUUCUGGUGAGUCUGACCCGCUGGUGUUUGUGUGCGUGCCUCGUAGCCAGCCCAAGUCCAUCAUUCAACAUGGCAUGUUGGACACCAUGGUCACAGUGAGUUCAGAGGGCAUCUUAGGCUUUCACGGGUGGCUGCCGUAUGAGAAGGCCAUCUCUAACUACUUUUCGUUUGAUAAAGAUCCAUCUGUAACAAACCAUAAAACCAGGAAGCGGUUCAGCACACAGUUUGCUCCGGGUUUGAAGGUUACACCCAACAUGUUUGUGGUUACACACGACUGUAAACUGAUGAUCAGCGGCGGACACUCGGACAACAGUCUGCAGGUGUACCAUGUCGGGAAGAACAAACGCCUGGCGCAUAUCUGUAGACACAUAGACAUUGUGACCUGCCUCGCCCUUGAUUACUGUGGCAGCCAUCUUAUCUCUGGUUCAAGGGACACAACUUGCAUAAUCUGGCAUAUAGAGCAGCAGGGUGGAGUGUGCGUAAACAUAUCACCAAAGCCAUUACAAACGCUUUACGGCCAUGACAACGAAGUCUCAGCUGUCCACAUCUCCUCUGAACUCGAUCUCGCAGUCUCCGCUAGCAAGGAUGGUACAGUGAUGAUGCACACAGUCCGUAAGGGGAACUUCAUCAGAACGCUGCGACCAGAGUGCCGUGUGGGAUGUAGCCUUGACAUUCCUGUGAUUGCUGUCAACGACAUGGGGCAAGUCAUCGUCUACUCGCGAGAAUCUCAACCUGUCAAUACUAAAGACGAGUUAACUCUUCACUUGUUUUCCCUCAACGGCAAGCUCCUCUGCACACGGACUGUCAAUUCAAACAUUGGUCACAUGAUCUGCAAGGGAGAGCACCUGAUUACCGGGGACGACCAAGGAAACAUAACUGUGUAUGAACUGUUCAGAUUACGUCAGCUGACCUCUCUACCUCUGUAUGUGCCGGUUCACUGCCUGGCUAUUACCAAUGGCAACAGUCAUAUCAUGGCGGGCCUGCGUGAUGGAAAACUGAUCAUCAUCGGCAUCAAGUCGCCAAACGAAAUUCGCUAAGACCUCCUCCAACAGAUAUAUAUUUCAAAAAAUAGUCCCAUUAAAGUUUGCUUUUGGCAAGUUACCAAAAAGUGUGUGACAAGUAUUGUAUUGAAUGUGAAACAGGUGUGUUUAAAAAUGUCUAUAUAAGGUAAACUAAAUUCCCACUCAAUCCUAGAUGGUUGAAUUGGUUAAAAAAUAGUCUGUUCACUUUUGAUUGUGGCAAGAUUCUUAAAACUGUGAUUUGUCCACUUUAAGCGUUAAGAUGCUAAAAAAGAUAGUCCCUUCACGUCUGCUUUUUAGGUAUUACAUAAACUGGGUUUUGUGUAAAAAUAUGUUCAGGUGGACAUAAUAGUACCUUCUUUUUUGCUUGGUUUUAUAAUAGUGCAUAAUUUUGCCAAUGUCCGGUAAUGAAAACCUUCUUUAUUUUUUCUCAAGGAGUUGAUAUACAUGUAGUUACUUCAGGUAGAAACAAAUCAUUGGGCAGAAUUAUGCCAUUUUGUGCUUGGAGAAUCUCGCUACUUCAGGAUAGAAAAUGAAAGUUUGACAAUGGUUUCAGACAAAUCUCAACAGUACCUGAGAGCAGUUCAGUUCACUGAAGUCUCAGAUGAAAAACUGUUGACGGUUGGCCUUGUUGUUUAAGUAUUGGGGUUUGGGAAGAAAAGUGCUUUUUACAAAAUCAGCAUCGAAAAAAGGUAUUUUAAUGUCUGAAUGAUUUAGUUUAAACUAAUUGCACAAUGUAUGAGGGGUUUUGUGUAAUAUGAUUUUGGCGUUUUUACUAUUAUUUUU